AUGGCAAAGACCAUUCUCGAGGACGAACAACGAGAACAGAUGAGUUUCCAAACCGUUUGCAUGAAAAACGAAUCAGAAUGGAAGAAAUUUCGAAAAGGUGAGCGCAGUCAAAAUAAAAUCAAGCAGCACGUACUCUAG